GUCCUCACGUACAGGGUUUAGUCCGUGACAAUGUAUGUAGGCAGUUGUAUUUGUGCGAAAGUGUCCGAAAUAGGUCGCAGGUAACAUAGGCGCGGGCAGGCGUAGAGGGUGAGGCCGACUCGGGCGUGGAUUUGGCGCCUCGUUCUGACGGGCUAGAGGCCUAGGCGCGCCAUGCUGUAAGUCGGCCCCUGGUGAAUGGUUGAAGCUGGGAUUGGCAUACUCGUAGACACCCAGCAACAUGGCAGAUGAUAUUGAUUUCACCAGUGGAGAUGCUGGGGCUUCCUCCACUUUCCCCAUGCAGUGCUCAGCUCUGCGCAAGAACGGCUUUGUGGUUCUGAAAGGACGUCCCUGUAAGAUUGUGGAGAUGUCCACUUCCAAGACUGGCAAACACGGUCAUGCCAAGGUCCACAUGGUUGGCAUUGAUAUCUUUUCUGGUAAGAAGUAUGAAGAUAUCUGUCCUUCUACCCACAACAUGGAUGUUCCAAAUAUUAAAAGAUGUGAUUACCAACUGAUUGGUAUUAUUGAUAAUUACCUGUCCCUUCUGAGUGACAGUGGUGAUGUCCGUGAGGAUCUGAAGAUACCAGAUGGCGACUUGGGAAAGGAAAUAUUGGCUAAACAUGAAGCAGGAGAGGAGAUUUUGGUCACAGUCUUGAAUGCAAUGAGUGAAGAGUGUGCUGUAGCUCUCAAGGCCAUGACUAAAUAAACAGGGAUCCCCAGGCUGGAGCAGUCUGCUCAGGUCAAGAUAAACCACAGAUCUUAAAUUUGGUUCUGAUUGUCACCAAAGCUAUGGCCUUCACAAAUGACCUCAUUUCCUUUUGACUUGUUUUGCAAUUACUGCUGGUUUCUAAAUUUGGUUGUGCAAGUCAACUGGCAGCCUUCAAAGUCACUGCAAUUUUAAUUUGUUAAUGCUUUGGUUGUUACCUUUCAUAGUUCUAUUGGUGCUUAUUUUGAGGGUCCAACUAAACAUAAGAGUAUCUAAAGGGCAUCUGUUUAAUCAUGAUGCAUACAAGUUUAAUCAGGCCUUUGGUUUAAUUUGUAAAUUGCACCUAGAAUAAAAAGGUAUUUCAACUGGGCUUUGUCCUAUUAAAACAAUAAAAAUGUUAUACCUUUACGAAUAUGUAGCGAAAAUAAGAACUUCGAAUUAACUUAAGGAGCAAGUUCAAAUCUUAUGCAUGUUUGGCUAUGGUUUAAAUCUGUGUGGAAGACCUUUGGACUACAGUUUUUUUUUUUUUUCUUAAAUGCCAGUUGAUUUGCCUCUUUCCAAGCCCCUCCAUAGUAAAAGAAACUAGUCUUGGUGGCCGUGUUCAACUAAAUUGUAUUACUUCUGUACUCUCCUAUGCCAAUGCAUUGGCUUGCAUAUUGUAAACGUAUAAAAUGGUGUCAAAGCCUGCCUACAGUCUAGUCAGGCAAUCUGUAUGUUGGGUGAUACUACACAGCAGGCAUUUGUGGCACAACGGAGUGUUACUGCUACAGAUUUUCACUCGAGGCCUUUGUGAUCAGACUGAAAAAAAAAAUAAUAAAAAUAGAAAAAAUGCAGUUCAGUUGCUUCUUUUCUUUUAUUGUAUUUAUCUUGAAAUAUUAAAACUGAGUUAAGACCUUC